AUGGAAUUGCAGGCGUCAAAAUAUGCGGCCAGUGUUCAUAAACUGUUGAAAAAGUACAAGGGAGUGUGGAAACAAGGAAAGGAGCUGGUGGAAUCUGUUGCGAAUAGAAAGAUGGACAAUCCGAUAGAAGAAUUUGACAAGACACUGAAUAAGAAAUUAGCAAAUUUGUUGGAAUUAGCGGAAAGUGCAAAUUCGAUCGGCUUGACAUUGAAAGAAAGCAACAGUCAAAAGUGGGCUAGUCUUCCCAAAGCCUUCUCGCUCAUGCCAAAAUCAAAGGGUCUCAUCAAUCAAGAUUUCUGCGAGAAGAUUUCUGAAGAAAUCCUAGCCAUUGGAAAACAAAUCAUCAGACAGUCAGAUUUAUGGAUACAUCUCUGUGGCAAACUCAACUAUCUCACUGAGCGAGACGAUUUGAUCUACAUGGUCGCAUGCUGGGCUCAUCAACCGCUGAUACGAGAGAAUUCAUUCGAAAUGCUGAUGGCCAAGUGCCUGUUUAUUUCGACAUUGAAAUGA